UUAAUAGAGAAUUCAUAAUAUGGACGCACCCUUGAGAGUUUAUUGCCAGAGGUAUAUCUAUCAUAAGAACAGCACUGGCAUGUGAUGUCAGAAUAUAACAUAAUCCCAAAGGAAGAAAGAGAAAUGGAAGAAAGGCAAACAGCGCCGGAUACUGCGCUCAAACCUGAAUUACCAAAACUUGACAAGAACGACUGGAAAAAGGUUAAAGAUAAAGCUGAGAGUGGUAUGUCAGAGAGCAGAGCUGUUGAUGAGGUCAAAGCAGAUAAGCUGAUUGAACAAAGCAAAGAGCCUGGUGGUAUUGAUCCUCUUUUGGUUAUUAUGCGUGACUGGCCAAAGUUGCCAGAAUAUGAAGCCCAACCUGCACAGUUAGAGCACUUUAUCAGUCGACUAACAGAAAUAAUCUUAAAGGUAAAAAUAAAAGAAAAAAAAAGUUAUGAAUACUUUGUUGAUGAAACAGAUCCAUUGGAACCCUCAUUACUCCAUCUUGCUGCUAAACAUAAUUUUGUUGAAGUCUCAAAGAUUUUGGUUGAGCAUUGGCCAUCCCUUGUGACAUCACGGCUCAGAAUAGGCAAUGCCUAUCCUGUGGAAAUUGCUUUAGAAGAACACUAUGAUGACACUGCCGCUUAUCUUAUAUCAAAGAUGAUGUGGGAUCAGAUACAAGAUCUCUUUCUUUGUGAUGAAGACAAGGAGCCAUUAAAACGCAGUUUUGGCCAUUAUAUCAGCUAUGAAUCUGGAAUGAAGAAAACAGUGAUAGAAAUAUUAAACAAAUUGAUUGAUCCUAUUUGGCCGUACCUUCCCAACCGCAAAGAGCAGAAAAAUGACGAUUACCAAGAGCAAAUACAAAGAGCAUUGAUAAGUGUUCCUAACAAUCCAUUAAAGUAUGACUUCUAUUAUCAUAUCCUGGAAACUGAUGAGGAAGGAAGAGUUCCAAGAAUUCUUGUGAAAGUAAAAUCUGAUGAGGCAGAUGAACGUGGUUCCGAAGCCUCCAACCUGCUUGAAAAGGUAAAAUGGAAAGACAAUCGGCGAUUUAACAAGAAAUCAGUGUCGUGCCUUCAGCGUCUUUCGGAGAGUGAUAAUAAGGAAGCUGUGCAACAUCCUGUCGUUCGGAUGUUGGUUGCGAAAAAAUGGAAUGAAUUUGCUCACCCACUGUAUUGUAUCAGGGCUGGUUUGUACUUGUUGUUUUUGGCAGUGUUAUCGUUUGCCCUGGUCUAUGGCUCUACUCGUGACGAUCCAACACAAUAUGAAGGCGCUGCUGAUACAAUUAGAGCAUUCUGUGAGAUUUGUAGCAUCGUAUUUCUGAUGGUAGAUUUGUUUGUUGAGAUUCGUGAAGUAGCAAGGGCAAACUACAUACAAAACAAACUUUACGGAGAAAGAAAAUCAUAUUUCAAAGUUUUCCGCAACUACAUUGAUUUUAUCGGUAUAAUUUUAACCCUCCUUAUUAUUCCCCUUCGCUACGCCGAAGUCGCAUCUCAAUGGGUGGUAGCUGCGAUUGCUUUUAUAUUUAAUUUUAUACGGCUUUUCAAAUAUUGCUAUGUUACAAGAAUCACGGGUCUUUAUACCACAACGCUUGUGACAAUAAUUUGGGAAGACAUCACACGUUUUUUGGGGUUCUUCUCUGUGAUAUUUAUCGGAUUUUGUGGAGCGAUGUAUAUGGCCCUGAAAGUAAACAACGUGCAGGAUUCGUACAGCUUCCCUUGGCUUAUGUUGGGCGGAAUUAAAGCUCUUGUUGAAGGGGAAUCGCUGGAGGAAGAGGACGGGAAAAAAUUUAGCUGGUUAGCGGUUUUGAUCCUUCUGGCGUACAUGGGAAUCGUUGUUGUGAUUCUCCUGAAUAUUCUCAUCGCUCAACUUAGCUACACGUACGGCAAGGCAAAGAAAAUGGCAAGAUUGCAAUACGCAGCAGACACAAUGCGUAUUGUCGCUCGCAUGGAAAAUAGUCCAUUCGCUAGACUGAAUUAUAGAGUGAAGGCUUACGAGGAGGGAGAAAUAAUGACUGAUGAAAAAUUAGCCAAAGAAAUUCUAGAGUUCACAGAAGACAGGCAUCCUUGGGAAACAGAUGAAGAACGAAUUACCAGUGUCAGAGAAGCGAUGCGAAGAGUGAUUAAAGGCGAGGAGGAUGAUCCACUGGAAACUAUUGAUGAAAAAAUAACUCACCUAACAGAGAUCGUGGAGAAUUUGAAGACAUCGAAAGGAAAUAGGUUACUAUAUUUGCACAUUUAAAACCAUUUAUAUAGGUUGCAAUAUGCAUCAAACAUGAUAGACGUUCGUCAGAAUAUAGAGUAACUCCAAAGAUAAUUGAUAACCUGGACGUUAUUUUUAUACUCAUGCAUUUAAUAAUUUUGUCAACGUAUUUUUAAACUUUGCUUUUUACAUAUUUCAUUUUUAUUGGUUGUAAGCCAAUUAGCAUAUAGUUGACAUCAGUUUGUACUUUGUAGUAGACAUAUUGGUGAACGUUCUUCAACAGAA